UGACCGAACAAGUACUUGUCCUCAAGACACAUAUCUGAGCGUGCAUUCCUUUACAUGAAGCUUUUCCACUCUGGUUAAAGAUGCCCAAGAACGCUGCAAGUACCAAGUGAAUGAGCCAAAAUCAUAUAACCUAUCUAAAGAAUGAAAAGCUGGAUUGUACUGCUGGCUAUUGUAGUCAGCACAGCAGAAACAGAAAAACAGGACGUCUGUACCCAAGGGUAUCCUGGCAUCCCUGGCAAUCCUGGGCACAAUGGCACCCCUGGUCGUGAUGGACGUGACGGUUUGAAAGGCGACAAGGGAGAUACAGGCGAACCAGGAGUUCCUGGCCUUCCAGGAAAAGAUGGUACCAAUGGAGAGAAAGGUGAACAAGGAGCCAAUGGGACUGUUGAAGAGAAGGGGAAUAAAGGAGAUAAAGGAGAAAGAGGACAACCUGGGAAACUGGGACCAAAAGGAGUUAUAGGGUCAGUGGGUUACAAAGGUCAGAAGGGAGAGCUGGGACUGCAAGGACAAAAGGGAUUAAAAGGAGACAUUGGACCCAUUGGCCCAAAAGGGACAAAGGGUGAAAUUGGCCAUCCUGGAAGAGUUGGUUUCCCAGGGCCAAUUGGCCCGACUGGUAAUCCAGGUCCUAAAGGUAAUACUGGAGAUACAGGGCCACAGGGUAAUCCAGGAGUUCAGGGGGAAAGAGGCUUGAAAGGAGACAGAGGAGAAAAGGGGAAUGUAGGUGCCCCAGGAGUCCUGCCAAGGAGCGCUUUCAGUGUUGGCCUUACAGUUGACACCAAAUUUCCCCCUCCAAAUCGCCCAAUCAAGUUCGACAAGGUGCUGUAUAAUGGUCUCAAUGACUACAAUCCAGUUACUGGCAAAUUCACCUGCAAAUACUCUGGUGUUUACUAUUUCACCUACCACAUCACUGUCUACUCAAGGAAUGUCCGAGUUGCUCUAGUUAAGAACGGCAUCAAGAUGCUGCACACUGUGGACAGGUACCAGAGUGGAGAGGACCAAGCCUCAGGAGCCGCCAUCCUGGAGCUGCAGGGAGGAGACAAGGUGUGGCUGCAGGCUCACCAAGGGGAGACUUUCAAUGGGCUGUUUGCAGAUGGUGAUGAUGAUACCACCUUCUCUGGGUUCCUCCUGUUCAGCACCUCUGACUCACUGGAGCCACUGCCAUUGCCCUCCACAUAACUCCAUGUUAUCCGUGAAUGCUGUGUGUCUGUGUCCUUCAACCCUCCCUAAUAAAGUUGUUAUCUGCUGAA